AGCCGCCGGCGGGGGUGGCUGUCAGGCGCUGACGGCGGAGGGGGACGCGCCCAGUUUGUUACUGCUUCCAGUGAGCGAGGCGGGCGGGGGAGCGGCGCUGGCGGACCGCGGACGUCGGCAGCGACUGUAACGACCGCUCGGGCUGAGGUGCGGAGGAAGAGCGGAAGGUCUCUCCCGCCCGCGACGACGGCUCCAGCCAUGGACGAGCAGGCUGGCCCCGGCGUCUUCUUCAACAACAACAACAACAACGCGCUGCUUUUGCCGCCACCUCCGGGCGGGGCCGGGCCGGGGUUGGAGUCGGGAGAAGCGGCGGCGGCGGCGGCGGCUGCUGCAGCGGCCGCCGCUGGCAGCGCUUCGGCAGGACCGGCUCCGGCCUCUGCAGCGCGGGCUCAAUACAGCGUCCCCGGCAUCCUGCAUUUCCUGCAGCACGAGUGGGGCCGCUUCGAGGCCGAGAGAGCCGAGUGGGAGGCGGAGCGAGCCGAACUGCAGGCUCAAAUUGCUUUCCUUCAAGGAGAAAGAAAAGGUCAAGAGAAUUUGAAGAAGGAUUUAGUGCGAAGAAUAAAAAUGUUAGAAUAUGCUCUUAAACAAGAACGAGCUAAAUAUCACAAAUUAAAAUAUGGUACGGAGCUGAACCAGGGAGAUAUGAAGCCACCAAAUUAUGAUUCUGAUGAAGGAAAUGAAACUGAAGUUCAGUCACAACCCAAUAGUCAAUUAAUAUGGAAACAAGGGCGACAGUUACUCAGACAAUACCUGCAAGAGGUGGGAUACACUGACACAAUCCUGGAUGUGAAGUCAAAACGAGUACGAACGUUGCUGGGUCUCUCAGGUGAUGGUCCAGAAAGGGAAACUAACAAAAACCAAGAAUCAAUGGUGAACGGCACUGAUGUUGAGAUUAAACAAAAAGUGAUGAUUGGAAAACCAGAUUUGACAGAUUCUGCCUCACUGCUAGAAACAUUUAAAUUCCUUGAAAAUGCUGCUGCAGAAUUUAGCGAUGAGGAGGAAGAAGAUGAUAUUGAUGGAAGAGAGCGAACAAUCAUGGAUACAUCAACGAUUGUAAGAAAAAGAGUCCUGCCCGACAAUAAUGAAGACAGAGAUACUGAAGAGGCCCUGAAGGAAUUUGAUUUCCUAGCCACAUCUGAUGAAGGGGAUGGAGAAUCCAGAAGUUCAGGAGACGGUACAGACUGGGAAAAGGAAGACCAGUGUCUCAUGCCUGAAGCCUGGAAUGUGGACCAGGGAGUAAUAACCAAACUGAAGGAACAAUACAAAAAGGAGCGCAAGGGGAAAAAGGGGGUGAAGAGAAAAACUACCGAAGAUAUGUUUCAGCCUCAGUCCUUUAUAAAACAAUCAAAACAGGGAUGUGGGAAAAUGAUGGAGCAAAACACAGGACCCAACAGGUCAAAACUGCAAGAUAUGCUUGCUAAUUUGAGAGAUGUUGAUGAUCUCCCUGCAUUACAACCUUCUGUUGUGCCACCCACGCGACCCAGUACUUCGAGGCUUAUUGAGCAAGAGAUAAAUAGAACAGAUGAAGUAGAAGCUUUAACAUUCCCUCCUUCUUCUGGGAAAUCUUUCAUUAUGGGAGCAGAUGAGGCCCUUGAGAGUGAGCUUGGCCUUGGGGAAUUGGCAGGCCUUACAGUAGCCAAUGAAGCAGAUUCACUGACAUAUGAUAUAGCAAACAAUAAAGAUGCUCUGAGGAAGACUUGGAAUCCCAAGUUUACUUUAAGGAGCCAUUUUGAUGGAAUAAGGAGCCUGGCUUUCCAUCCAAUUGAACCAGUGCUAAUUACUGCUUCAGAAGACCAUACAUUAAAAAUGUGGAAUUUGCAAAAAACAUCUCCCGCAAAAAAGAGCACCUCACUUGAUGUUGAACCUAUCUAUACUUUCAGGGCACAUAACAGUCCAGUGCUUUGUGUAGUGAUGAGUAACAAUGGUGAGCAGUGUUACAGUGGAGGCACUGAUGGCCUCAUCCAGAGUUGGAAUACUACAAAUCCGAAUAUUGAUCCUUAUGAUUCAUAUGAUCCUUCCAUCUUAAGAGGUGCACUUGUAGGCCACUCAGAUGCAGUCUGGGGUUUGGUUUAUAGUGGAACACACCAGCGCUUGCUCUCCUGUUCAGCAGAUGGCACCAUACGUUUAUGGAAGGCUUUGGAGAUCUCUCCUGCUUUAAAUAUAUUUAAUGACAAUCAAGAAAUGGGAAUUCCUUCAUCUGUGGAUCUAGUGAGCAGUGACCCAAGCCUUAUGGUAGCAUCAUUUAACACUGGAUAUACAAGCAUUUUUAACAUGGAAACAAAACAACACAUUCUUACCUUGGAGCCCAAUAUAGAUACUACAGUUAACACUUCUUGCCAAAUAAACAAAGUAAUCAGCCACCCAACUCUUCCAAUAAGCAUCACAGCCCAUGAGGACAGGCACAUUAAAUUCUAUGACAAUAACACAGGGAAACUGAUCCACUCUAUGGUAGCCCACUUGGACGCAGUCACAAGUUUAGCUGUUGAUCCAAAUGGCUUGUAUUUGAUGUCUGGCAGCCACGAUUGUUCUAUACGCUUAUGGAACCUUGAAAGCAAAACCUGCAUCCAGGAAUUUACGGCUCAUCGCAAAAAGCACGAUGAAUCCAUUCAUGAUGUGGCAUUCCAUCCCACCAAAUGUUACAUUGCCAGUGCAGGAGCAGACGCACUUGCCAAAGUCUUUGUAUGAUGCAACACUUCCCUGUCCUUCUAGCUGCCUUGUACAUAUCUAUAAAUAUAUAUGUCUAUAUCUAUAAAAUAAGCUGUACAAAAGAUAAGAGCAAGAAUCUUCUUGUAACCUUUAAUUUCGUGAAUGUUAGCAAUUGCUUCUGAUUAUAUGAUCUCAGUCCUGAGAGCUUGGAAGCUCCCUAUUUCAAGCAAUCUAUGGAAGAACCAUUUUAAUUUUGAAAGUGUCCUUUUUUGUCUAGGCUGGCCUUGGGCAAAAUGAGAUGCUGUCUCAAUUUAUGCAACACAAAGGCUAACAGCUUGCUUGGGUAUUCAUGGACAAGCUUCUCCCAACCUGGUGUGCUGUAAAAGUGUUGAGGCUGCAACUCUUAAGAGCUUCCAGCCAGCACUUCUACAACAAGUUGGAGGAGGUAGCAAACAAAUCUUAAGUUACAAUGUUUCCCCAAUUGGAAAUUCAUGCAAUUCAGAUCCUUGAGACAGUUAAUUAAUUGUCUCCUUUUCUAGCACUGAAUGGUUAAAUGAGUCACAGAAUCUCAGCCUGUAGAGUCUUAUAAUAGACAGGUUGGAUUUAAAGUAUUGACUAUUUAAAAACAUGAAUGCCAUAACAUUUUCUAAAAUUAUGUUAAAAGAAGAUAUGUAAAAGGCUUAUAAAUGUAAAUUCUGUUGAAACUGUUGGAAAUGAAUGUUAACGGGUGGCUGGAACCACAGUAUAGCCUUUAAUGUAACUUCUUCUAAAAUGAUGGGGCAUAUGUUUACAAUAAGGAUCUGAUUAGUUUCAGAUGCUAAUGACUAUUCAUUAUAGAGCUAAGGAAAAUUACGUAUCUUUCCAACUACCCAACAAAUGCAAUAUCUAAAUUUUCUCACUGAGGUGCUUAUUGGUUUGGAAAACAUACGUAUGCUGUUAUCCUGCUUUUUAAACUGUACUGCAUCAGAACCUAAUAAACCACGUAAGAGCAGUACUGUUUGGGAUAUGUGAGGUGAUUGACUUCUAUUUACCAUGGACAAAACUCAUAUAAAAUAACAAUGCUUUCCUGCCCCCUUCCAGUGAUUCCAUAAUGUUUGCCAAAACUGGGAGGAUUUAUGCCAAUGCAAGCUGCAAGUGUCCAAAGGUAGAUGAUGUUCUUCUAUAUCAGGGGUGUCAAACUCAAGGCUCGCGGGCAGGCCUGGAAAUAUCAAAGUAUUACCCCGCAGUGCCUCUGGUGGCUAAAAUGGGCUGCGUGCAGCACCCCCCCCCCGCACCUCAUUUUCACCCUCCAUGGCCUCCUGCAGCACUCUGCCUGCUGAAAAUGGCCUGAAAAGGGGCCAAAAAACGAGUUGAAAACGGGCCUGAAAAGGGGCCAUGGAGGGUGAAAAUGAGGCGCAGAGGGGCAUGGACCCGCAUGCCCAGUUUUGGCCAGUAGGGUGUUGCAGGAAGCAUACAUCCUGCCACGCCCACCGGUCUGCGGAGGAAAACUACAAUGCUGAUCAGGCCCCUGAAGAAAUCCAGUUUGACACCCCUGUUUCUAUAUGCAUUAUUCUCUCCCCUUGCCUGCUGCCCACAAUCGUCAUGGUUUUAUAUAGCAGGCCUUGAAGUGUUGGGAAUAUGUGACUGGAUUUGGUUUUUGAAAGUACUUGAAACUUAAAAAGAUUGGCCAUCUUUGGCUAUUACGUUAUGGUACCGUUAACGGUUAUUUUUUGUAGGUUUGUUACAAAAAACCCAAACCUGUUGUAAUUGUUUCCUCUCCUACAAAAACUGAUUAAAUAGGAAUAGCUGUUACACAUUCAUUAUUUUUGUGAUUUUGUGUCAAAGCAGAAAAUCCAACUGCACAGAACACAUUAAUCUGUGUGACUGUUGUGUAUUUCCCUUUACUAGCUUGAUAUCCUUAUUUUUUAAAAGGAUAUUACAGAUGUUAAGCUGUGUAUAUUUUGUGUAUGUGUGUAUAUAUAUAUAUAUAUCUUUAUAUAUAUAUAUAUAAAUAUAUGACAGAGAUUGUAAACAGUAUAUAUUAUAAGGAAGGGAGAUUCUAUGGAUAAUUUCAAUGUUUUAGUACUGAAAGUUCUUGAGACUUAAUACAAAGGAUAAAACAUAAAUAGUAUUGUGCUUUUUGCUUAAAACAACAUAAUACAAAAUUGCUGAUGUUUAAAUUGCUGUACAUAUCACUAAUAGGUCAGCAUGUUUGAUUAAAUUAUGAAUGUAACAAAUGUUCCUGUUAAAAUAUUGAUAGAAGGAUGUGCCAUCCUGCUUAGUGAAUUUUUGAUCCAAGAGAACUGACUUUUAAAACAGGUGAAUAGCCAGAGUUUUGAGGUGUCAUUGAGCAAACAAAAUGUAGCCUUAUUAUGAGAUUGCACCUUCUGUUGCAGAUUUUGUGUUUUUCUUUCAGAUUACAUAUUACAAUCUGUAUUGUACUAAAUACAGGUAUAUUCUAUUGCAGUUGAAAAAUACCCUUUUUAAUUGAUAAACUGUUUCAUUUAUCUUGCAAUCUUGGAUUGCACUUCUGUUAUGCAUUCAUACUCAUUUUUAGAUCAGUUUGAUUAAUGUUCAGUGUGUAUCUUUUCUUUAUGCUAUUCAAAUUAAGUUCAUUACAUCAACUGCCUUCAUUUAACAUACUGUAGUUGAAAUCAUGUCUAAUUAUUUAAAUGUUUUACCUAUGCAGCUAACAAGGGAGAAAAUGCUGAGCGUAUGCUUGUCAUGUGAAGGUAUAGCUAUUGAUUCGUGAAGAACAAGAAGAAAUGUGUGAACUAGUGCUUAGACCCUCCAUAAUUUAUUUCAAGAGCAUAUUCUUUUCCCCUUGUUAUCUUUCCUUUUCAAAGCAGAGGGAGAAAAUUUAGGCCUCCAUUUGUUGUUUGAAGCAAAAGAAAAAAGAUACCUUAACUGCAUGCUAACUGAAACCCUGUACAGUAAAUCAACAAACUGAAAACACACAAUGGUAACCAUGUUUCAUAGUAAUAUAUGUGAUUUGCAGGUACCAGUAUAUAUUUAUCCUGUUGGUCUUCUUAUUAAACCAAUCAUUUAAAGUGCUUGAAAAGUACAAAAGUGUAGCUUGGUUGUAGUUGGAUGGAUAUAUUUUAUUUCUUCUAGUAUAUUACUUGGCAUUUCACUAACUGCCCUCCUGGACAAUAGACAGAUUUGGAUUUUGCAUGAGCAGAACAAUUUUGGUGCAUACAUAAAGUUAUAUUUAGUACAUGACUUUUUGUUAAGCAUUAACAGAAGGGCAAUAGCUUAUGUUCUUUUUGCCAUAUUUUAUUUCAGAGAAUCUAGAGAAAUCUCUUAAUCUUACUAUUAAUUUGUUUUCUUUGAAUAUUUGGAUUUAAAUCUCUUACUUCAAGAUAACUGAUAGUAGCUUUGGUAGUACUAGAAGUGAUUUUCAUUCUUCAUCAGAAAACUGUGGUUCGUUUCUUGUGUUUUAUACUACAGCUAACCUGAAAUGAAAUCCCUCCCCAAAAUAUAAAUGAAAUUCCUGAAAAAGGGUAGAAAUCCUUCUGCAUUUAGCAUGGUAACAGUAACUGUCGUAGAUUGCUUCAAUAAAUAUGUACAAGGAUCUACAUAGUUCAUGUGAUCACUGUAUUUCAUGGAUACUAACCUUAAUAUUGGCUUGGAUCAAUAGAAAGAAGUAAUGAAGUAUGGGUGAUACUGAUCAUGAACUUCUCAAACUACUCUUUGAUUUGACAUAAUGUUGCGAGGUGUUCUUUUUUCCUUUAUAAAAAUGGCUUUUACAACUCCCUCUAUUUUCUUAUAUAUGUUUACUUAGAAGUACAUCCUCUAUGAUCAACAGGACUUACUCCCACAGACACAUUCAUAGAAAUUGGCAAUAUUUUUAUUAUACUGGAAAUAGUUUUAAUAAUGCUUUGUAAUACCAGUUUGCCUAAAUUUUGACUAAAAUCAUUUAGGCUCCAGUUCUAUCAUAUUAGGAGAUUUUGCAUCAACAAAGAAAAAGGCAAUGAUACUAGAUUUUUGAGAUAUUUAUAACAAAGAAUUCUUCACUGAAUAUUACUCAAUAUCUGUCAGUUUUAGUCCAGGAGUUAUUCAUAGCUGUUAUAAAUAUGCACUUUAAAGUUUUCAAUAUAGUUUGUCAUUUGGUUAACAUCAGAUAAAGAUGCAAAAAGUGGAACAUGCCAAUUGAGAAUUAGUAUAGCAAUUUAAAAAAAUAAACUUUUAAAAAGCAAAUGGCACAAACUUUGUGAAGCAUCUUGAGUAAAUCUGUCUACCAAGAAAAUUUUCUUGUAAUCUUCUGUUAUUGCAAUUAAAUAUGAGAUAAAAGUGAUGUGGUAAUGAAGGUAAUAACUCUGGGUAGUUGCUAAUAAAGUGUGAAUGUUUUGUACAGUACUUGCAUUCUCUGUUGAAUAAAAUCUAAUGGACCUUUCUGUAGUAACACUAUACAGAGCAGCUUUACUAAACAUUGCAGCAACAAAUAAAUGUCCUUUGUAAUAUAUAUUUAUGUAAAUUGGGUGCUAAUAAAUACUAUUUUUCAACA